AUGGCCGGCGAGAACAAAAACGUAAUCUUGUUGCCUCAAACAAACCAGCUCAUUGGCUUGUACUCUAUUAUCAGAGACAAGUCAACAAAGAGAGGGGACUUUGUGUUUUACUCCGACAGAAUCAUUAGACUCUUGGUUGAGGAGGGCUUGAACCUGUUGCCCGUGGAGAAUGCCACUGUUCAAUGCCAUGGAAACCAAACGUACAAUGGUGCCCGGUUUUUGGGGAAAAUCUGCGGAGUGUCCAUUGUGCGUGCGGGUGAGUCUAUGGAGCUGGGCUUGAGGGACUGUUGCAGAUCCGUCAAGAUCGGCAAGAUUUUGAUCCAAAGAGACGAGGAGACCGCGUUGCCCAAGUUGUUCUACGAAAAAUUGCCCGAGGAUAUCAGCGAAAGAUACGUCUUUUUGUUGGACCCAAUGUUGGCGACCGGUGGUAGUGCCAUGAUGGCCGUGGAGGUCUUGCUUUCCAGGGGCGUGAAGGCUGACCGCAUUCUUUUCCUUAACUUGUUGGCCGCUCCCGAAGGUAUUCAGGCAUUCCACGAGAAGUACCCUGACGUCAAAAUCAUCACUGGAGGCAUUGACGAGAAGUUGGAUGAGGACAAGUAUAUUGUUCCUGGCUUGGGCGAUUUUGGAGACAGAUACUACUGUAUCUAG